AUGCCAGGUCCAAUCACCAAGACGGUGUUUGCAAACGCACCUUUUGCCAUUCUUGAGACACCAGUGUAUGCUCAAAAAAAGGCCACAGGCAAGAAGCCAAACGAUCAGUAUGCCGAAGCUGCUAGUAUCAUGGUUCUAGUACAUAAUGUCAUCAUUCGAGGUUUAAAUAGCAUAUACAAACAAGCGCCACAUGUCAAGCCCGAAGACUACGCCGACUUUAUUUCAUACGCAACUUGCUGGUAUGAAUUCACAGAUAACCAUCACAAUAACGAAGAUGAAAGCAUCUUUCCAACAAUUGAAGCUCAAACAGGCGAGAAGGGGGUCAUGGACGAAGACCUUGAGCAACAUCGAGCUUUCAUAGUGGGCUUUCGUGCUCUUAAAUCGUACCUGGAUUCCGUCGCAGAAACCCCAGCGACGUUCUCGGGUGCUGAGCUUCUUUCUCUGCUUGAUGACUUUGCGCCGCAGCUCCAUCACCACCUCACAGAUGAGAUACCGCGGUUGGCUGCUCUAUCACGCUUUGGUGGCAAACUUUUCAUGCUGAAAAUUAUUGAGGCCGAGGGGAAUCGAUCGGCUCAGGCUCUUUCCAAGACUGGUGCGAUGAUAUUUUUCCUUAGGAAUAGUGACUUGGAGUUUGAAGAGGGGCUAUGGAAGAACUGGCCUCCAAUCCCAGGUCCCGUACGCUGGAGUAUCCUGAAGACCCUCGGUCGGUGGCAUGUUGGAUGGUGGCGUUUCGCAAGCUGUGAUGAGAGUGGAAGGAUGCAACAGCUCUAUGCCGGAAACUAA